UGGGUCCAAGACACCGGCGUGUAACACCGAUUUAGGCUUGUUUCUUUGUUUCUCGUGCCAAAUCCGGUGGAUCAGAUCCGCUGCUCAAUGCUCACCCCCUUGAUCCUUUCCGGCAUAGGCCAAAGUCCAACCCACACUCUUCUCUACUUUUGUUGCCCUUUCACAUUUACACCUCUCUCCCUUUACUCUCUCCUUCGCUCUAUUUGGGGUUUUAGGGUUUGUAAAACCACCGUUCUUCAACAAUACAAGUAGAUGUAAUUUGAAGAUUGAAACAGGUCGGUACCCUAACACUCCGGCAUUCAAUUAGGUAAUUUAUUUUUACAAUUUUCAACUCUUAAUUUUGUUAGAAAAAAAAUGGAAACGUCUGGUAAAGAUUUGAAUCUCGAUCUCGGAGCUUCAUUAACGAGUGUGUAUGAGAUACCUGGAGAACCUGCAAUAGUGAUCAAUGGGAUGCCAGAUUUAAACGAUUUGGUUGUAGAACUCGAAAUUUCGUCAUCUUCAUCUAUGAGUGAUGAUGAAUUAUCGGACGGAGAUGAAAAGAAGCCAAAUGUGGUAACAGGCGGUUCUUCUGUUGAUGGAAAGAUGCUAGGUGUGGCUGAAGGCGAUUGUUCUACAGAGGCUGACAUCAAAAGAGAUGUAGAAGAACCAAAGAGGAAUGCUGGAUUUGGUGAGUGGUUACAAGGUAGAGAAGUUCGAAAGUUGUUUGGAGAUGAGUUUUAUUCUGGUAAAGUGAAGAAAUAUGAUAAGGAAGCUGGUUGGUAUAGAGUUGUAUAUGAAGAUGGUGAUUCUGAAGAUCUUGAGUGGAAUGAGUUGGAAGAGAUUCUUUUGCCACUGGAUAUUUCGAUUCCAUUGAAAUCAUUGGCGAUGAAGAUUUCCAAGAAGAGCGAGAAGCGGACUCUGAAGAAAGGCGAGAAGCCGAAUCAGAAGAAAGGCGAUACAAGAAAAGGCGGGCGAAGUGCAAAGCAGUAGAGCGGGCGGAAUGGAUGACAGAUGAACAUUGUUUAUUGUAAGUAAAAUCUAAUCUAGCAAAAUAGAGAUGCAAGGAGA